AUGCAGGGCUCCAGUCGACGUCACGGUCGCGAUGAGGGGAACGAUGAGGAAUUUGACAAACAGAGAGAUCGCAAGCAGCGGCGACGUGGCGAUCGCGAGGCGCGGAAAGAGGCACGCAUUAUGGCACACGAAAAAUGGGUGGAGCAGCGGCGUAUCAUGAGGGAACGGAUGCGUAAAGCACGAGAAAUGAAGCGGCAGAAUCGAAAAGAGACACACCGAAAACGGUUUGCAACAUCAGAUGCAUCCGCUUUUCCACCACGCAGAGCCACGAAGGUGACUAAGAGCAUGAAGACUGCCAGUAGACAUGGAAAGACACUUGCGGAUACCUUGGAUGCUGGGGAUGCUCGCUCAUCUCUCAGGGCCUUUGCCUCUCAGAAGGGGCCCUCGCCUCCACACGAAGAGGAGCAUUCGCCAAUGGCACUUGCCAAUACGACAACAUCAGCAUCGGUGGCAGAAGUAACAACUAUUGCUAGUGCUACGGGAACCAAUUCAGCCAAAUACAUCCCACCGACACUGCGAGGUAAGACAACACGAGAAAAAAACGCUUCUCUGGAUGAAAUUACACGGCGUAUCAUUAACAAACUCACUGUGCACAAUGUGGUGGAUCUGACAAGGGAGACCUCAGAGAUUUUUGGUGGGGCCGUUAAAGGGACUUCACGGGCGUCUGUGCUGCGUAGCCUCUCAGAACACAUUAACUGCAUAUGUAUGCUGGACACAGGACCCCUAACACCGAUUGCGAGUUUGCCGUUUGCGGGGCUUAUUCGCGGACUGCAGCUGCUGCACGGCAAUGUGGUGGGAUCCGAGUUAAUAGAGAGUCUAUGUUUUGCGCUUCAGGAACACCUUAACAAGUACAAUGAGACAAGUGCAUCAAAUGGUGCUAUGGUACUUGCUCAUCUUUACGUUUUAAAUGCUGUGGAUUCAUUGCUUAUAUCCAGUUUUAUACGUUUUGCACUACAAAUGAAGGGCCAUCAAGGGGUCUGCGCCGCGGCUUGCACUUUGACGCUUCUUCGUGCGUGUGGUGAGAAACUCCUGAAGGAGGCACCAGGUCAAAUGGAACAGGCACUGACGGAGGCAAAGUCCUACAAGCGUCAACAAGAGUGUAACGUCCGUUACAGCACUCUUCUUAGUUAUAUUGCGGAUAUUUUGAGCGGGCACACGCGCAGCGCCAAGCGCACCGUGGAUGAAGAAGAGGUUCCUGUUGAAUUGUUGCUUAGUGACAUGACUACAUUGUUGCCUUCAGGUGGAAAGCCCAGCAACAGGCGUGUUCUUUAUCGCAUCAUGAGUACAACGAGUGUGUUGACGGGGGUCACGUGGGCACGUAUGAUGCGCACGGAUAAACCCCCUCGCUGGUUUGUCCUUGGAGCCUGGGAUGAUGUGGACGGCAAUGAAAACUCGAGUGUUUUACCGAAUUCCAAUGCGGAGGCAAUCUUUUCAGCCGAUUCUGGGAGUGAAGAUACGGAUGACGAGGAGGAUGAAGUGGAAGUCAAGGCCGAGCGUAUUCGACAACUUCGUCAACAAGAAAGGGCCAUAUCAGGGCAACGGUUUAACACGGAAAAUAAGCGUGAGGUGUUCCAAGCUCUCACAAAUGCCUCGGAUGAUUUGGAGGCUUUCACGCUUCUUAUUCACCGCGAUCUUUCUUUUAGCCGCCUGCAUGACACAUUGGCUGUUGUGUUGCAAUGCGCCUAUCAAGAGAAGGUUUAUAACCCGUAUUAUGCACAGGUUAUUCAGCGAUUUUGUAGUGCGAAGGAAUCGUGCAAAAAUACACUUCAGUUUGCCUUAUGGGAUAUGUUCAAGUUGGUUCGCGUGGAGCCUGUCGAUGUCACCGGGUACUUCAAUCUUUCUUGUCUGCUUGCCCAUCUCAUUGAGGCGGGUGUGUUUACCCUUGCCGUUCUCCGAGGACUGGACCUGGAUUGCACAAACAGGACGAUUGGUCUGUUUACUCGCAUUCUUCUUCUUCGUCUAAUCUUCCAGUUGCCUCCUGCAAGGCUCGCGGAAGUAUUCUUUGGCGGUGAUGGAUUUCGUGCGCACGACGUGAAGAUCGACACCAGUGUCUUGCGAUCCAAUUUGUCCAAAGUCGUGGAGCGCUACUUUGUGGACGAGCGGGAGGCCGGGAAAUGGAUCCCAAAUUUCUACGACGUGGUUGCCAGAGGUACUUUCUUUGAUGUACAUCGGCGCGACGGUCCUGAGGGUAUUGGUGGUGAUGAAGGGGUCAUGGAUGAUGAGACGCGCCUUCAGCUUUUUAUGAAAAGGAUUCAGGUUGUGUUCAAGGCAUUGCGGGACGGCAUCUCAUGA